AUGAAUCAUGUUUAUAAAUAUGAUCGCAAAUUCCAACAAAUCGGACUUCCUGCCAAAUUAAUUACAAGCUUAGCCGCUACAUCUGCUGACGCAACAGUUGAUGACGUUAUUAUUUCAUGCACAAAGAUGGAAGUUUUAGAGGAUAAAUGCAUUACACCAGGAUAUGGUUUAAUUGAAGAAUCAGUUAAAGCAAUACCACGUUUAUUCAGUAAGGAAGAUCCAUUCAUGAUUCCAGCUCAACAUAUUGACGUUCGUUCACUAAAUGGAGGUUGCAUCACUCCUGAAGGUAUCAGCUCAGAUUUCUCAUACGCUCUUCAUAAUGUUACAGAUGUUGUGUUAACAUUUCCGAAGAAUGCAAUGCAAAGAACAGUUUUAGAAAAUCCAAUGCUUCGAGGUCUUCAGGUCACUAUAGAUUCCAGAAACUUCCCCGAUCAAGCGAUGACCACAGUGGGUGACAUAUUCUUUACACGUAUGCUUCAAGCUUCUGAUUUAGAUGGAGUGAAUGAAUGCACAGAAGAAUACGAGGACUCAUUAACUAGACCACUGAAUGAUGAUAAUGGCACGCCAUUAGCUAGAACAUGGAAAGACCAAACUUCAUUCUUAUGCACUAUUCCAGUUCAACGUGAUGGAGCGGGUAUAUUCUUUGAUGGAUUAGAAACUUUCAAUUCACAAGUUACAGUACAAGUGAAAGCUUAUCCAAUCAUUCAGGGUGUAAAUGACACUUACUGUUCAAAGGUGACAAAUCCUCCUCAGGUUUGGUUUACUAGGACUACAUAUUGGACAUGGACACCGGAUGAAGGUUUGAAAUAUCAUCCAACAGGUACACCACCACAGUAUAGAAGUUCAUAUGAUGAAAUAUUGAUGAAUAGAAAUGUUUAA